CACACGCUCGUGAUACCUUGCCGAUGUAUGUCAUGAGGGCAUACAAUUCAUGUCAUGACAGUACGCAACAGCGAUUGCAAAGUUUAGGUUUUCAUAGCGCCUCGGUUUCGAUGCGACGAUCUGCGCGAGCGGAAGUGCUACGGAUACACUGGGAUAUUACCAUACGAAUACGAUGGUGCAAUAUAUGCAUGUUGCCGCUCAAAUAGCGCAACAAGCAUUGUGAUAGGCCUACGUUCGCUCCGGUGGGGCACUGUAUGUAGGCUAAGAGCCACGUCGUGCCUUUUCCUACUUUAAGGGUGGUAUUCCUCCUUCCUAUACAUAUCUACAAGAGCGCCCGGAAGGUUUUCUGUUCGAGAUUGCUUUGAAACAUUGUUCAAAAAUGAUCGCACCCGCUGUUCUACUCGCGCUCACCUCUCUAACUGAGACCGCUCUCGCACAUGGCGGGAUAUGGAAUUAUUCGAUUGCAGGAAAUUGGCAGCCAGGCUUCUUCCCCUACUAUCCUGCUGAAGGCCAAUCCUCCAUCCAGCGCCACUGGAUUGACUUCAGUCCCAUCAAAGAUGUCACCUCGUUCGCCCUCGUCUGCAACAGCCCCGGUUCCAUCGCCGAGAAGUACGCUUCCAUUCCCGCAGGCGGCGAAGUAAAAGCGUACUACCCCGGCUGGCCACAUGAUAUCGGGCCGAUCGUUGUAUGGAUGGCAUACUGCGGCUCGGAACCUACCUCGUGCGACUCUUUCAAUGGCACUGGAAAGUAUUGGUUUAAGAUUCAGGAAGUUGGGCUUCAGAGCGGCACGAUUCGGAAUGGGCAAUGGGCUUUGAAGGAUCUGCUCGCAUCGAAUUAUACCUGGACCACCACGAUUCCGGAGACACUGCGGCAGGGUGCGUAUUUGAUGCGGCACGAGAUUAUUGCGCUUCACGUUCCGUUUGAGCCGGAGUUCUAUCCUGAAUGCGCGCAUUUGUGGGUCACUGGUGGUGGAAGUGAGAAGCCGAGCGAGGAAUACUUGGCUAGCAUCCCGGGUGUGUGGAGGCAGGACGAGCCGGAUCUGCAUAUGACGAUCUAUGAGGAGCCCACUUCAAGUAGGACUGAGUGGAAGAUUCCGGGUCCGCCAGUCUGGAGAGGAUCGUAAAACUCAAGCUGUUGCCGCUCUGUGCGCAUCCAGUACUCGCUCAACCACUUCACCGUCCCGUUGAAUCCUAAAUAGGGACCACAAGCUUUACGCCGCUCUAGUCUCUAGCAUCCACAUUCGCUAUUGAGA